CCAUCGCAUCCCUUGCUGUAAAGUUUCCAUUGGCUCUCUCCAUUAUGUUCCACCAGCUAGAAGGGGUCAUUUUGCCAUGAUGUUAUGUUGCGACCAUGGGAAAUAAGCUGGGUAGUGACGGUGACUGCAACGGCCUAUGUAUGUUUAACAUGCUGUAGAUGUUCAAUCCGACGUUCAUGGGCAUACCUUAAAAUCUUCGCAAGGACGUUGAUGAGUUUUGAAACGACCCCAUUUUGUAAAUGGUUUUGUGUUUUUCCAAGCAUGGCUUCUGGAAAUGAGAACAACGAUUGGUCUACCGGCCUCUGUGAUUGCACUGAAGAUUGCCGUUCCUGUUGCCUUGCCUGCUGGUGCCCUUGUGUUGCUUUUGGGAGGAUUGCUGAGAUCGUGGAUAGAGGCCAAUCCUCUUGCUGCCAGAUGGGGUGCGUUUUCUGUCUGCUAGGUCUACUCCUGUUGAAUCAUGGGUCCUUGUCAUGGAUUGUUAGCAUGGGCUAUCGCACCAAGAUAAGGCAACAAUACGGUAUUAUGGGAGGCUCAUGCCAUGAUUGUAUCCUUCAUUUCUGUUGCGAGCGUUGCGCCUUGUGCCAAGAGUACCGUGAACUCCAGUUCCAAGGAUAUGAUGUUUCUGCUGGUUGGGAAGCAAAUGCUGCUAAAAAGAUUUCUGGGGUAACUAUGGCUCCAGUUGGAGAAAAGAUGACGCGUUAGUACCUAAAACUCUAUGUUGUACCUUCAAAACUUUGAAUGGUGCAAACUGGGAUUAGUACAACUUUAUCGAGUCAGCUCUUAUCUUCUGCCAUAUCAUCCAUCCAUCUCAGAUGUUGCUCAGACUCCCGUUACGUAUGUUCAGUUCUUUGUUUUUUUAUUUUUAUUUCUUAUUUUGAGGGUAUGAUAUAUGUAAAGCCCUGUUUGAUAAUCCAAUUCAUCAUUUAAA